CGUUCAUUCAUUCAUAUCUUUGCUUCAAACGCCCUGGACGAAGGAGGGUUUGCUCCAUCGAGAGGGAAAACGCAUGCUCUGGAGAGUGGCACAUAGUCGAUCAAGCUUCAAGCUCUAUCAGUCUCGUUGGGCAAACCGCCUUGCCAUUGUCCGAGCCAUGUCCACGGCCGCCGGUCAUUCCAACGCCGAAGCUGGUCCUUCGACUCUGCCAAGCCGUUUCUCCCUCCCGGCUCAUAUCAGUAUAUCUAAUCUCGAGGGGCGCAAAGAGCUUGAUAAGAGUUUGUUCGAUGUCAGGGUGAAAAUUCUUACAGUACGGCUCGAGGGCCCAAAUGUCAAUCGGAUGAUCAGUAACCGCUUGUUCAGGCAGCACACGCUCGAUAUUGGACGAGCCAAGGCUAUUAUUCCCGAUCCUAGCGAUAGAAAUUGCAAGCUCGUCAGGAUGAAGGUCUCUUCUGAAGACGAAUUACCGGAAGACGUUCGCGAGUUGAUCAAAAGCGAAGCCAACGGAACUAGUACCGAGGAGCUGGUUCUAGGUUUUGACGAUUGGUCAACGUCCGAAAUUCUUAACUCGAUCCUGCCCAAGGACAGUAAUGACGAAUUUGCACCUAGCAGUUUCACGCUCACGGGACAUAUAGGCCACGUCAACCUCAAAGAAGAAUGGCUCCCUUACAAAUACCUCAUUGCUCAGGUAAUGCUCCAUAAAAACGCUGCACUCCGCACCGUCGUCAACAAGUUGGAUCAGAUCAACGCGGCAUACAGAUUCUUCGAUAUGGAAGUAUUGGCUGGGGAACCAGACAUGCUGACCACAGUCUCGGAAUCUGGGUGUUCAUUCACGUUUGACUUUUCCAAAGUCUAUUGGAACUCUCGACUCCAGCAUGAACACGAGCGUAUGAUCCAGUCGAUUCAGAGAGGAGAGACAGUCGCAGACGUCAUGGCUGGUGUCGGGCCGUUUGCGGUCCCACUCGCCAAGAAGGGAUGUUAUGUUCUCGGGAACGAUUUGAACCCGGAGAGUGUCAAGUGGAUGAGAAAGAAUCAAGAGAACAACAAGGUCCAGGCAACGCUGCGGGUGACCGAAUCAGAUGGGAGAGAAUUCAUCAAACAAUCUGUCAUGACUUUUUGGAAUCAUCCGUUCGAACCGUACAAUCCAGCGCCGAAGAAUAAAGACAAGUCCAAGCGGAAUCGCUCAGCUCCCGGACAACCACCCGGCGCCACUCAUCCACCAUCGCCUACCCCACCUCCCGUCCUCAAAACCCUGGCCACCCCACAAGUCCCACAACAUUUCAUCAUGAAUCUACCCGAUUCUGCGCUCACAUUCCUCGACGCCUUCUGGGGUCUGUACGCCCCUCUUGCUCUCGAACCUGGAUUCGAGGAGUUAGUCAAAUCCGUCGGACUGCCGCUAGUCCACGUCUACUGCUUUACCAGAGAGCUGGACCCCGCUCCAGCCGAGCGAGAUAUCUGCGAGAGAGCGUCAGCCGUUCUCGCUUAUACCGUCGAGCCUUCUAUGGCGGACUUCAAACUCCACCCCGUCCGUCGGGUCGCUCCGAAGAAAGACAUGUACUGCCUUACCUUUAGACUGCCUGCUGAAGUUGCAUUUGCAACCGGACCAUAUCCAGGGGAGGCAAGCCAGCAAGACGCGCAUUGAACCGGCAUGAGGCAGACUGAUUCUUCGGUCCCUCGUAGAACGAAAUCUUAAUCCAUCAUUGCGUUCUCUAGGCGACUGCAACCAUUGUAUACAUCUUAAGUAUAAUGCACAAGAUGGAC